CCCGCCGCCCUGAUAAGGUUCAGACGCACAUCCAACCAGCCGUCAGUUGGCUUAAAAGCGUCCAAGGCAGAGCAUCGGGCCACAACCGGAACAACCGAUCAGCAACAAAGUGUUGCCAAAUAAUACCCAAAUAACGAUCCAAACAAUACCGGCCAAGAAGACCCGCGACAACUACAUCGUGCUGAUUUCUCUUUUUUACACCGACAUCGGGGUCUGCAGAGCACUGAGUUAGCAGAAGGACAGCAGCGGACAGCAGCGGACAGCAGCGGACAGCAGCGGACAGCGGAGCAACAUCAGAAUGGCGAUCAUACUGCAGGAGGCCCAGGAGUGGUACAGGGACCUCAUGGACAACAAGAGCGACCCCCGUGUGCAAGACUUCUUUCUGCUGUCGUCGCCGCUGCCGACUCUCGGAAUGUGCAUAUUCUAUGCAUAUUUCAGCACAUCCCUGGGACCGAGGCUUAUGGCCAAUCGGAAGCCAAUGGAACUGCGGUCGGUGCUAGUCAUUUACAAUGCGAUACAAACGAUAUUCAGCGCCUGGAUUUGCUAUGAGUACUUAAUGAGCGGCUGGUGGGGCCACUACAGCUUUAAGUGCCAGCCAGUCGACUAUGGUAACAGUCCUCUGGCGCUGCGGAUGGUCAACAUUUGCUGGUGGUACUACAUAUCGAAGUUCACCGAGUUCUUUGACACACUCUUCUUCAUUCUGCGAAAAAAGAACGAGCACGUUUCCACACUUCACGUCAUUCAUCACGGCUGCAUGCCCUUCUCGGUCUGGAUGGGCCUCAAGUUUGCCCCAGGCGGACACAGCACUUUCUUCGCCUUGCUCAACGCUUUUGUGCACAUUGUGAUGUAUUUCUACUACAUGAUCGCAGCAAUGGGCCCCAAGUACCAAAAGUUCAUCUGGUGGAAAAAGUACCUGACCACCUUCCAAAUGGUGCAGUUUGUUGCCAUCUUCACGCACCAGUUCCAGCUGCUGUUCCGCGACUGCGACUACCCCAAGGGCUUCAUGGUCUGGAUUGGCCUGCACGGCGUCAUGUUCCUGUUCCUGUUCUCCGACUUCUACAAAGCCAAAUAUCUGAAUGCCGCCCGUCGUCGCCGGCAGGCUGUCAAGGCCAACGGUCAUACCAAUGGCCAUGGCCCGCACGCCAAUGGCCACAGCAAGCACUUGGGCAACGGCGAUGCACUCACAGCCAACGGCAGCAAUAAGGGGGCCUGCAUGCCCGUGCUGGAGGACGAGUACGUCUCGAGGAACGGGAACGGGCAUGCCGGUGGCGGCUUCUUCAAGGAGGGCGCGUUGUCCAGCAACGAGUCCAUCCUGAAUCCGGACAGCAGUAGCUCUAGUCUGCAUCAGCGCAAAGUCAAAUAACUACUACUAAGAUUUACUACGAUGAUAUUCAUUAUGUUUACUGUUAAGUGUUAGCGUGUAACCGAACCACAUUGAAGAUUGAAGAACAAUGCGGGCAAGCAGCAGCUGCAGUGUGACCAUUGGAACCGGAACCCGGAGAACCAUUCGCUUUAUGAACUGUUCUUCGAAUAACUUCUAAAACAAAUACGUUUAAUACACGAAUCAAUUCGGAACAGCCUGUCCUGCCCUGUCCUGUCCUGUCCCAACCCCACUAAAGCUAAGCAGAAGUGUAGAAGAGCAAGCCGAAACUUUUUAUAAACGUUUUCUAUUGUGGCACAAUUUUACAAGUUUACAAGUUUAGACCCUCACGAUCCCAGACACAGACACCUACUUGUCACUCGAUAGAUAGAGAAUCAUAUAUUUUGGAAUGAUAUUUGUAGCCCCAUUGAAUCGCGAACCAUUUCUAUCUACCAAAAAAUGCCACCAACACCACAUAUACACACAACACGUAUACACUAGAGUAUACAUUUAUAUAUAUGUAUAUAUACAUAUACAUAUACACUCGAAUGGACGAUAGACUCACUCUUGUUGUAGACUUUUUUACGACACUUUUUGAUAACAGUUGAGACGUAAUCCUAACGAUAAACGAUAACUAAACUGCGCUUAGGUCUGCUUUAAACUUAGAGAUCACGUUAAACUAUUUGUAGCUUGUUUUUUUGUAUAUAUCGAGACGGAUGGAGAAGGAGGAAUGCGGUAUAUAGAGAGGGGAGAACGGUUUGUUUGUUGCAAUACUUUGUAAAGUUUUUCUUAUAGUAAAAGUAUGUAUACAGAUAAGUGAAGCGCUUGAGAUGUAGGUAGCUAGCCAAAUGCAAAAUGAAAAACACGAUCCCUAGCCUAUGUGUAGCACAAGAGCUAACUAAACAAUCAAACAGAUAGUUAGAUAGACAGCAGACAGACAGACGAAUAUACAGAUAGAUAGAUAGAUAGACAGAAAGACGGACGGACGGACGGAAUCUGGGGAUAAAGCUUUUAGACUCUAAGUGCAAAACGGCUUAAUGAGCAGACAAUCAGUUGUUUUGGAAGGCGUGUGAACCAAGCCCAAAAGUUGUCAACUAUUCGUUUUUAUUGGACUUCAUUUGGUGUGGCUUAUACUCUUUCGUAUGUAUGUACAUGUGUACGUAGGUUUGUGUAUCUAGACUUUAUAGCUACUUAUUGUAUUAAAUUCCCCAUUUCCCACUUUUGGAUUGAACUUCUUGUAACCCUUCGGUUUCACUUCCGAGAAGGGCGGAGGUUGGUGUUCGAGAAGAUCUGUUCGUACAUAGCAUGUACAUUUAUAGGUGUAACUGUCUGUUAAUCUGUAUUGGUUUCUUUAUUAAGUUAUGUAUGUGGUUUAAGCUGACAAGUUCAAAAACAAUGGAAAACCUGAAUAAAGCUUAUUAAUUUAUA